AUGGAUAUAGAAACCACUAAAGAAAGAAGAAGAAAAGUAUCCAGAGCUUGUGAUUACUGUAAGAAGCGAAAAUACAAAUGCAGUGGGAUUGCACCCUGUAAUUUAUGUUCAAAGAAACAAAUUGACUGUAUUUUUAGUAUUGUGGACAAACGGACAACCAAGGGGUCGAAAGUUUACAAGCCGUCUUCGAUAGAGAUUCUUUCACAUAAUAACUUAGCCCAACGAAACAGUCUUAUUACUGAUGAUAUUCAAAACAAAAUAAACAAACAGUCUCAGGACCCAGUUCCUAAAACAAGACUGGAACAGGAGAUUAGGUUGUCCAACUCACAUUCAGAGACUUUGAAAGAUAAUUCUGCAACAAAUACGACUGAGUAUAUACCAAAAAAUCUACAACCAUUACUUUCAUUCCCAUUGAAGAAAGAAGAAGAAGACGAUACAUCUGAUGGAGAUACCAGUAUUUCUCAAGACGGCAAGCAAAAAUCUGAAACAAUAUCAACAACCAACAAUACACCAACCAAUAGAUCAAAUACCAAUUCUACGAACAGCAAUGUGACCACACAGGGUUUAUCAAACAGCAAUGGAAAUAACCUACGACUUCUUUACGAUAAAGAUGGAAGACUAAGAUACAUUGGAGAAAGUAGCCCGCUUUCAUUGUUUUACGAAGCAAGAAAAAUUUUCCGAUCUAUACGUGGGGUGUCUGAAUUUACAGAUGAUCCUGAUACAGUAAAUAUAAUUGAUGGAAUAUCUCAUGUUAAACAAAGUAGAGUUUUACAAAUGCCAAAAAGAGAACAUGCCUUGUUGUUGUUGAAUCUUUUUGAAGCAAAUAUCAAUCAAACGUGGUAUAUCUAUAAUAGAGAAUGGCUUAGUGAUCAAUUUAUCAAAGUUAUUGAUGAUCCAUUGAACAUUUCACCCGAAAGAAUGGCUGCUUUCCAUUUGAUUUUUUCAUUGGGGUUAUUAUUUGCUGAAAAAUCAAAACACGGCAUAGUAGAGAAAAUUGGUGCUCAUUCAAGUCAGUAUUUUGAAAGUGGAUUUGAUUUGAUUAGAAAUAUACUCGAUGAUGGUGGGUUAUGGAUGACUGAAACCAGUUUAUUAAUGUAUUUUUAUUAUCAGUCAACAGCAAGACGAUCAUCGUCUUGGAUGAUGUUAGGAAACGCAAUCAGGAAUGCCCAAGCGUUAGGACUACACAGAAGAGCUGUGAAUGAGUCUUUCCCUAAUCCACAAUACAUCAUCCAUAGACGAAAAUUAUGGAAAACAUUAUACAUUUGUGAUAGGAUCUCAUCAAUAAUGCUAGGUCGGCCAUUAUCUAUUAGCGACUACGAUUGGGACGAUUUUCUCAUACCAAGAGAUAAAGAAAUUAUUACUAAUGACUUGAAUGGUGAUAUUUCUACAAUAUGUUUAGAUGCGAAUACUCGACUUUCAAAGAUUCUUGGACAUAUUGUACAAAACUUUUACCAAGAUGGCGUUGUUAAUUUGAUGAAGGCAGAGACUAUAGCCAUAGAGUUGAAAAAGUGGUCAUUUAAAUUGCCAAGUACUAUUCAAAUAGACAAGAUAUUGAAGACCUCCCAGACCCAAAUCUCUUACGAAAUUGAUAGUUCCGUGAGACCAGCUAUGUCAGACAACUAUCCAAUAUUAUUAAUUCAUAUCAUGCAAUUAUAUGGAGUAAUGUUAUUAGGGAAACCAAUUUUCAUGUAUUUAUUGUUUAAAAAAGACCAAAACACGGACAAUUCUACAGAUAGACAGCAGAAAGUAUUAAAGAAUUUUUGUUCUGCCAGCAUUAAAGCAUCAGUAUUAACUAUACAAGCUAUUCACAUAUAUACAAAAUGCCAUCCUCAGAGAAUUGAACUGUAUAUUACCGUCAAUUGUUGCUGUCAUGCAGCAAUAAUGUUGGGAUUAACAAUCUUGUAUCGUCAAACAAACUCAGAUUACGAAAAGGACGAGUAUUCUAUUGAUGACUUGAUGCAACAAUUGAAUAUUGCCAAAUCCAUAUUGAACUUUUAUGGAUCAACUAAUACCAUUAGUUAUAGAUUGCACACAAUAGUGUUGCGAUUGAUCAACACGUUAACUUUACAAGCACAACCACAAGAUGAAAAUGAUGAGUUGCUUUCAUUACCAAUACCAACACCAUUUCAAGAAAGAGUUGAAAACCAGCCAUUACCCGAAGUGUAUCAAACACAAUUUGAUUCUAAGGAACCGACAGAUCAAGGGGAAUCUAUUUUCAAUACUCCGUUGGAAAACAUUAUAAAUUUUCAACAAUUUUUUGUUCCUUCGGCCACUAAUUCAGAAGACAAUAAUAGUAGCAGGACUUCGUUAAAAGAGUUUGAAAGAAGAAUGGAAAACGUUCCAAGGCUUGAGGAGUUUAUGUAUGAUGUCGGUAUGAAUGAUUUGCUAUUAGAAGGAAGAAGUGAUUCAGGGCAAUGA